UAGUAGUUUAUAGCACGCAUGGAGUAGCAUGGAGUGCAUGGAGCGCAGAGCUUUAAGGGGCGCAAGAAGCUCCCCCUUUAGCUCCAUGCUACUCCAUGUGAUCCAUUCACUCCAUGCCAUGCGAGCCGUGAAACCUUAGAUAUAAAUUGCUCUGAUGUACUCUUAUUUAAUUAUGUUGUCGAAUUUAUUAUCAGAAAAAUGAUAGUUUCUCUUUCAUUUCCGCUUGAAUUUGAAAAAUAUUUGGUCUUCGCACAAAAUUUGUAUACGUCAGCAUAUUUAUUUAAUUGAAGUUUUCCGAUACCGACGGAGUGUAAUAAUACAUCGUUAAUCUUUCUUGUUGGAGUUAAUAUCCUAAGAUAGAAAAAGGGUAAUAAUUUCCGGGUAAGAAAAAUUGGGAAUGAAUAGCUCGUAGUUGGAAAUUUGAGAGAAGAAAUGAAGAUAUGAUUAUAAAUAUGAAUAUGCUCACCUCAUUAUAAAUAUAUGUAGGUGGUCUUUUAGUAUCGAGAAAAGCAUAAAAUCUAUAGUCGCUCGAAAUCUUACUAUUUAUCUCCACGCACAGCAAAAAUAUAUACAGACAUCGACAUUGUAAAAGAGAAAUUGAUGAAGAGAACUACUAGUGAUUUGGAUAUAUACAUUGGAUACUAUAGGCAGCAUCACAAUUAUUGCACAUAGGGCAAGUAUAAAAAUGAUGAGUCUAAUAUACGAACUACAAGUACAAAGGGGAAGGAUAAAAGGCCAAAAGAAUGCGACAUGGAGCCAACAUAUAUCAGACAGAAGGGGCUUUUACAGAUGCAAGAACCAGAACGGACUUCACUUGUGAUCUAGUUCUGAAUAUGACUAAAGUCCGGACAAGGCAAGAUCCCAGGAUUGGAUUCGUUGGCGUGAAUAUCGAGUUAAAACUUGAUGCAAG